AUGCGGACAAGGAAGGAGAUCAAGGACCUCCUGGAGCGAUACGACAACAGAUGGCGUCAACAGCGGGGUGAACCGCACCUAUGGAGGAUCAACGACGAGUUCGAGGGCGCCGUCCAACACGACCCCGAGGAGAACAUGGUCCGACACGAGGCCGCGAAGGUGGAGGAUCCUGAUGAGGACAAGAUCAAACGUGGAGCCGAGGGAAUUUCUUUCGAAGAUGGUUCGAAGAUCGCAUCGGAAGUGCGAUCUUCACUGCGGCGCCUCCACCAGAACUUGGGGCAUCCCUCCAACACUGACCUGGCAAGACAUCUCCGUCUGGCCGGCGCUGAUCCUACAGUUGUAGAGGCUACGAAGAAAUUGCGUUGCCAGGUCUGUUCCAGGCACCGACGUGCCGCCUCAGCAAAGCCGGCGAGUUUGCCUAACAUCCUCGACUUCAACCAGCUCGUCGCGGUGGACGCCUUCUACGUCUACGACGUCAAUGGAGAGAAGGUCGAACUGAUGAUAGUGAUCGAUGUCGGAACUGGCUUUAUCGCUGCCGGACAUCUUCAGGGACGCUCGACGAGCACCAUGGAAGCCUCCUUCUGCUCGGUCUGGAGCAACACGUUCGGUGCUCCGGGAACUAUGCUAGUGGACGUCGAGCCUGGCUUGCAAGCCGGACUUGGGAGGUACAGUGAAUGGCAUGGGACCAAGAUCCGACCGAUCGCUGGACAGGCCCACUGGCAGAAUGGUGCUGUGGAAAGGGCCAUCAAGACCUGGAAAGAGAUCUGGGUCAAUUUCGCAGAUACGCAUUCCGCGACUUACGAGGAAGCGGACAUGGUCGUGACCUCUGUGAACGCAGCCAUGAACACCCUACGGAGAGACGCUGGUUUCAGCCCUGCCCAGGCUGUUUGGGGCAGGGCCAGGGAGCUUUCAAUUCGCUCGGCGGCGAAAGAGGCCUACUUCAGAUGCCACAAUUUCUCGAAUCCGGAAGCGCUCCAGGUGGCAGGUCCCGAGUUGCAGGUGGGCUCCCCCGUCCUGCUUUACAGGAAAACCAACAGGAACAAGAAUUGGGCCUGGCAUGGCCCUGGAGUCGUGAUAGGAAACUCAUGGAUAUCGUUUGCGGGACGUUGCCACCUAGUUGCACCAGAGCACAUGAGAAUGGCGACUGGGGAAGAAUUGGGAGAAGCCUUUGCCUUGAAGGGGACGCACCGCCUUCUGGAGCAGGACUUCGCUGAUGAGGAGAUCUACGAACAAGAGGACGCGGAGAUGGAAGAGGACCCAGUUCUACCACUACUAGGUGACGACGAGGGCAGUCAUGGACAAGAGCGCGGUGAAGGGAGCAGGAGGAAGCAAGACGAGGUAGUCCAGCCACCCGCGGAGUGGAAACAAUGGACAGAGCACGUCGAGCGCGACGCGCUCGAACCCACCGUGACGGAAAGUCGGGAGAUCUCCAAAUCCAAGCCGGGCAGGCUAGGCUCGUGGUUGGCGGACAUCGCGACCCUGAUCUUACCGCUGGACUGGCGACCCGCGCGCCAACAGUAUCGAGGAAGCCCAUCUUCGGGCUGGUUGAUUCCCUGCCGCCUGGUGGCACAAGUUCCAGAAGGUCGUCAAGAAGCUAAGAGUGACGGCAACGAGUGGGUGGUCGUGCAGAGCACGCUCGACCACUGCAUCUUCAUGGCCCAAUGUAUCCGAGGACAAGACGACCAGGGAGAACCUCUACUGGAUCCACCUACCGCCUACCUUGGAGUACAUGUGGACGACUUCCUACUUGUCGGAGAAGGUGGCCUCUGUGAUUUGCUCAAGAAGGAACUGAGCGCACAGUUUCCGAUCCAGGACUGGGAGGCCGACAAGUUCGACUAUGUGGGCUCAUACAUUGAGGUCCUCUCCGACUGUGUUAAAGUCACCCAGGCGAGCUACGCGAGCACCAGGCUUUUCGAGGUGGAGACCCCGCAGGACAUCCCCGAUCACUUCGAGGCGACCGAGGCCCAGAAGCAUGACAACCAAUCAUUGAUUGAAGCCCUGUCACGGAUGGCGUGUCAAACUCGACCCGAUCUACUGGUGGUGGUCAGCAUCAGCCAGCAGAGGCAGAAAGCCCCUACUGUCGGGGACCUGAAAUUCACCAACCAGCUGGGGCGGAGGGCUUCCGAGCAUCGAGAACAAGGCCUGGUCUUCUACCCGGUGAACUUAGCCUCCGCCGUGCUUCUCUGCUACCACGACGCAGGAUGGGCCAACGCACGCAAUCCCAGGAAGGAUGCCAAAACGAAGAAAGCGAACUCCACGAUCGCAUCCCAAUUGGGAGGCGUCUACAUCCUUGCGGACAAGGACAUCCUACGUGGCGUGGCAGCAUCCUCGACUGGAAAAGUGGAGCUUGAGAACGAGUCUGCAGAUCUGCCGUCGCAGCGCCACGGAGACGGGCCCACCGGGGUGCGGGGCCUUGACUUCUAG